AUGUCAGUGCCAUUGAGUCCACGGUCGUUGCUUGUUGCUUUCUCGUUUGUCCGUCCCCCUUCAUAUUUGCUUGGUGCUGUCUUGCCUGCUCGCACAUGUGGCGUACCUGAAGACUCGUUGGUCCCGCGCCUUUAUGGGCGCAUUCUGACGAUGUCAGUGCCAUUGAGUCCACGGUCGUUGCUUGUUGCUUUCUCGUUUGUCCGUCCCCCUUCAUAUUUGCUUGGUGCUGUCUUGCCUGCUCGCACAUGUGGCGUACCUGAAGACUCGUUGGUCCCGCGCCUUUAUGGGCGCAUUCUGACGAUGUCAGUGCCUUUGAGUCCACGGUCGUUGCAUAUUGCUGGCUCGCUUGUACGACCUCCUUCAUAUCUGUUUUUUCUUCGCAUGUCCGACCUGCAUGCCUGCUUAUCCACGCCUGUGCGCACUUGUGACGUACCUGACGACUCUGCCAUUGAGUCCACGGUCGUUGCUUGUUGCUUUCUCGUUUGUCCGACCUCCUUCCACAUGCGCUUGUCCUGGCUUGUUGCUGUCUCGCCUGUGCGCACAUGUGACGUACCUGAAGACUCGUUGGUCCCGCGCCUUUAUGGGUGCAUUCUGACGAUGUCAGUGCCUUUGAGUCCACGGUCGUUGCUCGUUGCUAUCUCGCGUGUUCGUCCUCCUUCAUGUUUGCUUGUUACUGUCUUGCCUGCUCGCUCAUGUGACGUACCUGAAGACUUGAUGGUCCCGCGCUUUCAUGAGCGUAUUCUGACGAUGUCAGUGCCUUCGAGUCCACGGUUGUUCAUCUUGUGGCUCGCAUGUACGUCCUCCAUAUCUGCUUGUCCUCGCCUGUCCGUCCUGCACGCCCGCUCAACACCUGUCACUGUCUCGCGUAUCCGAUCACCUGCAUAUCUGCUUGUCUUCACUGCUUCGCACUUGUGGCAGACCUGA